AAGAAAUACUCCUAUCUUAAAGCCCACCCUAUUCAAUCUACGCCUUCACUAGAAAACUUAAAAAUCUCUUUAACAAGAUCGCCGGCGCACACAACACAUGUCUUCCAACAAGAUACACAAACUGAAGAGCAUUUUCACCGCAAAUGGCGGCUGCGGCUGCCGCCCUAAGCCAGCUGACAUCAUCCACCCACAAUCCAAAUCCAAAUCCAAAUCCUCACUCUCCGAUCAAAAAUCCUCCCUCCUCCCUUCCUCCUCCGCCACUUCCUCCGAGAGCCGCCGCUGCAAUUCCGCCGCCGAAGACGAUGGCUGGUCCUCCUCCACCACCUUCGACUCCCCCCCCCACCGCCACACCCUAUUCUCCGACGCCUGCCCCAAAAUCCAAAACAGCGUCGCGGUCGUCAAAGACUCCGACGAUCCCUACCAAGAUUUCCGGCAAUCCAUGCUUCAGAUGAUCCUUGAGAAACAAAUCUACUCGACAAACGAUCUGCAGCAGCUCCUCGACUGCUUUCUCAAGCUCAAUUCGCCGUGCCACCACGAGGUCAUCGUCCGAGCGUUCGCCGAGAUAUGGAACCGCGGGAAGGAGGAGGCGCCGCCGCCGUGCUCCAUGUGAAUACAUUAGAGAUGUGUGAUGGGGGGGCACGUGGAGGUGGGGUGGCCAUGUGAUUACACAUUAAAUUUCACAUGGUGGAGUUGAAAUUUCAAUUUAUUGAAUUGGACACCAAAAGCGAUCGCCAUUUUUGUGGCGAGGGAGAUUGGAACAAGGUUGAAUUCAAUUCCAUACUCUAAGUGUAGGUGUUAUAAUAAGUGGAAAUGAAAUUCCAAAUAAUUUAAGAAUUUAGUACUACUCCUAUUACUUAUUAUCUCUCUACUUUUGACCUUUUUCUGUAAAUUUGUACUAAUAUGUAGCUUGAUUGAACUUCGAGGAUAUUGCUGUUUAUAAAUUUCGUCCAUCUUAUUUUCUUCUACGGCA